AUGGUACCAACAUUGAGGAUGAACUGGUUGAUGAACUAUGAUAUCUCUGUGCGAUGCUGGGGACUGUGUUACUUGGUUGCAAAUGUCGCUCCUAUAAAUUAUCUGAGAACAAAUUUCCGUGUUAUGAUACUGCUGUUACAGAGUUGUCGGACAUGUUCAUUAGAGUUACAUAUAAGAGGAAUAGUAAUUGAUAGGAACCCUGUUGGUGUCCGUUUUAUUCUGAUUUUCGGACCUCGCAAUCUGGACCUAUCAAGUCCCAGAAAUUGA